GAGGGGGCAGCAGUGGGGCAGCACUGUCACCUGGCGGUGUCUACCUGGGAGGGACACCUGACAACAGCCUCAACAACCUCACCGGCUGUCUUAGCAACCUGUUCAUCAAGAGAGACAAGCCUUCUCAGAUGGUGAUGAAUCUGAUGAAUGCUAAGGAGAACAUCGACGUUCCUCUAGACUGUCCCGCUGCCUAUAAACCACAACAGAUCCUGGCCGCACCACCACCACAAAAGCAUGUUAAGGAUAAACACAAAAAGCCUGCGGGUGGCGGCGGGUCGGUGGGGCGGAGUCGCAGUGGCAGGGGGUCCUGCCAGGGGGACCGAGCCAAUCAGGAGGAGAUUGGAGCUCUGCACUUCAGUGGCUCCUCCCACAGCCACCAGCGCUACGACAGGCUACCAGAGGUCUUCCGCAGGACGCCUCACAUCUCCAUGGGUCUACGUGUGAACUCUUCGGAAGGCCUGGUGUUCUGUGUGUCUGGAUCAGGAGAACGUAGCAGAUCUGUGACGACCCUGUCGGUCUCCGCCGGACACCUGCUGCUCCUCAUCGACGGAGGGAAGAGGAAGACUAGCAUCCGCUCGCGCAGGAAGUACAACGAUGGACAGUGGCACACGGUGUUUGUGAAGAGGGAGGGAGAGAUGGCCAGUUUGAUUGUUGAUGGGAUCAAUACCCAGUCUAAGAGGGUCUCGGGAGGGGAGGAAACACCCCUCAGUUCCCCUCUCUACAUCGGAGGAGUUCCCUCAGCAGUCGCCAGCUCACUUCUCACGGUGCCAGGUCCUGGAGGGUUUGUGGGCUGUGUGAGGGACCUGGAGUUGAAUGAGGAGAGCAUAGCCAAUCCCUCAACAAGCCUGGGGGUUGUUCCCUGCUUCCAGACCACUCUGCAACCUGGGGCAUACUUCUCCUCCCAGGGAGGACACAUGGCUAUAGAUGAAGGCCUGGUGUUAGGGCGGGACCUAGAUGUCCAGCUGGAGGUACGGCUGGUGUCUGACUCUGGUCUCCUGCUGCAUGCUGGGUCUGGACAACAGCUCAGUCUCUACCUCAACCAGGGAGAGGUGACAGUCACAGUGAACAGUGGUCGCGGAAAAGUCUUCUCCACCUCUUUCACACCAGAGGAAUCCCUGUGUGACGGACGCUGGCACAGUAUCACAGUCAUGAAGAAGAGCAACGUGCUGCAGCUCCAUGUGGAUACAGCCAGCGAACACAGUGUGGGGCCCAAGAAGGGCCGAUCCUCAGGGGCCAAGGAGACUGUGUACCUGGGAGGAGUACCAGAUGGCGUUGAUGUGCCGGGCCUCCCCGCUGCCCUGCCCUCCUUCCAUGGUUGUGUUCGGAGAGCAGUCCUGAACCAGCGACCAGCCGUGCUGUCUAAACCCCUGUUAGUACACGGAGCUGUGGGCACACAGGGCUGUCCAGCCAUGUAGACCUCUUUUGGCCCUGUUCCCCCUGGUUUAGCCCUGUUCCCCCUGGUUUAGCCCUGUUACACCUGGUUUAGCCCUGUUACACCUGGUUUAACCCUGUUACCCCUGGUUUAGCCCUGUUACACCUGGUUUAGCCCUGUUACACCCAGUUUAGCCCUGUUCCCCCGGUUUAGCCCUGUUCCCCCUGGUUCAGCCCUGUUACACCCGGUUUAGCCCUGUUCCCCCUGGUUCAGCCCUGUUCACCCGGCUCAUGCAGGGCCAAACUCAAUGCGACAACGUUACAGAACGUUGUUACAUUUCUGUCUGCCAACUUUGUAUCUGCAACAAUACACCCGUGGGCCACGUUCAUUAGGAAAAACGUUAUGGAGCAAAUAGAAAUGUAAUGAAUAGAGCUGAUGAUGUGAUUCUGUAUUGUACAUGUCCGAGGUAUGUGUGUUCUAUGUCAUGUCCACUACAUAACCAAAAGUAUGUGGACAUCCAUUUAAUUUAGUGGAUUCAGCUAUUUCAGCACACACCCGUUGCUGACAAGGGGAAUAACUUUUCGGCCCUGCUAGAGCUGCCCCCGGUUAGCUGUAAUUGCUGUUAUUGUGAAGGGGAAACGUCUAGGAGCAACAAUGUCUCGGCUGUAAAGUGGUAGGCCACACAAGCUCACAGAACGGGACAGCAGAGUGCUGAAGCACGUAGGGCGUAAAAAUCGUCUCUCCUCAGUUGUAACACUCACUACUGAGUUCCAAACUGCCUCUGGAAGCAACGUCAGCACAAGAACUGUUCGUCGGGAGCUUCAUGAAAUGGGUUUCCAUGACCGAGGAGCCGUACACAAGCUUAAGAUCACUGUGUGCAAUGCCAAGCAUUGGCUGGAGUGGUGUAAAACUCAACACCAUUGUCUCUGGAACAGUGGACACGCUAAGGGGCUCGGCCCCUUACAAAUCCCCGCAGCAAUGUUCCAACAUCUAGUGGAAAGCCUUCCCAGAAGAGUGGAGGCUGUUAUAGCAGCAAUGUUCCAACAUCUAGUGAAGAGCCUUCCCAGAAGAGUGGAGGCUGUUAUAGCAGCAG